AUGUCGCGAGCUGGGGUUGUUAACUUUAAAGGUAGCUGGGAUGAUUAUCCAUCACUUAUCGAGUUUCCUACCAUAAUAGCUACCACUCCAGUGCCACCCAUGAAAGGAGUAAUAAGGUUUGACAAAAAGGGGAAGCCAAUCCCGAGAUACAUUGGUCUUUACCAGACCGUCCAAAAACAAGAGAGAAAACGUGAGAGAAAGAGGCAGCCACGGCUUGAAAAGUUCAAGGCCAGGGCAGAUUCUCGUGCACAAUUCACUGCAUUAUCUACUCAGUCCCUCACUAGAAGGACAGGGCACGGGGCUGCGUUUCAUGCCCAUAGGCACAGAUACAGGUUUUUGGAGUCUGUCAGCUCAGAUAGAAGAGGCCCCAUUGUAUCAGAGCCUAUAUCUGUGUAUCUAGUGUUUCAUGUGUCCUUGUUGAGGAUUUUCAUAGGUGAUCCUAGCCCUAUUGUACCCUUGGUCAACGUUGAGGUGAAUGAGAGUCUCUCUUAUGAGGAAGUUCCAGUUGAGAUUCUAGACCAAAAAGUUAGGAAGUUGAGGAACAAAGAAGUAGCUUCAAUUAAUGUUUUGUGGAGGAAUCAAGAGUUUGAGGGUGUUACAUGGGAAGCUGAAGCCAAUAUAAUAUCGCAAUAUCCUCAUCUCUUUCCUUCCCUGCCUAGUUGGGUUUUUGCCUGCCGCUGCAUUAAGGCGUAUAAGGCUUCGGCCGAGAUGGUAAUUAAGCCUGUUUAUUGUGGACGUGAUAUACUCGUAGAUGGGACUUAUAAGGCGGUCGAGGCUGCCUCUGAUAGCUCCAUGGGUGGUGUCUCGAGGUUCAGAGCAGCUGCUGAAUUAGUUUGCAUAGUUGGCUGA